GAUAUAUGAAAACGUCUCCACCAGGAACGCUGCAUCAAAGAGCCACUUUGUUAACGACAGUAAAGCGCCUGCUGCAGUGCUUGGACUGAAACUGUACAGAGUGGGAGUUUUGAUCCUUGGACUCCUCUGUAUCAUGCAAGCUGCUCUCAAUAUUUCCCUCCGUCUUGCUCUCUUUAACAUGGCCAAAAAUGUGACUGAAGAGAGAGACGAGUUGAGGAGAAUCAACUCUGAUAUUGAGGCCAGUUGCAAAAACCUGACUGAGGAGAGAGAUGACCUGAAGAGGAAGCUGAAUGACUCUGUUUCACAGCAAAAUUCUCUGACUGAAGAGAGAGACGAGUUGAGGAGAAUCAACUCUGAUAUUGAGGCCAGUUGCAAAAACCUGACUGAGGAGAGAGAUGACCUGAAGAGGAAGCUGACUAACUCUAUUAACAUGGCCAAAAAUGUGACUGAAGAGAGAGACGAGUUGAGGAGAAUCAACUCUGAUAUUGAGGCCAGUCGCAAAAACCUGACUGAGGAGAGAGAUGACCUGAAGAGGAAGCUGAAUGACUCUGUUUCACAGCAAAAUUCUCUGACUGAAGAGAGAGACGAGUUGAGGAGAAUCAACUCUGAUAUUGAGGCCAGUCGCAAAAACCUGACUGAGGAGAGAGAUGACCUGAAGAGGAAGCUGAAUGACUCUGUUUCACAGCAAAAUUCCCUGACUGAAGAGAGAGACAAGUUGAACAGAGCUAUCCAAGGAUGCAGGAUGGAACUGGAAAAAUUAUCUCCAGCGCGAUGGAUGUAUUUUAGAGGUAGUUUCUAUCACAUUUCUUCUGACCAAAAAACGUGGCAAGAGAGCAGACGAGACUGUCAACAAAAAGAUGCAGACCUGGUGAUUAUCAACAGCAAAGAAGAACAGGAUUUCACAAGACAAUUCCAGAAGUACAUGUGGAUUGGCCUGACUGACUUACAAACAGAAGGGACAUGGAAAUGGGUGGAUGGGACUCCAGUGACCAAAAGCUACUGGGGUCCUAAGGAGCCUAAUGGCGGGAGUGGUGAAAAUUGUGGGGAAAUGAAGUUUGAUUCGGAAAACAGCUGGAAUGAUGGAAGCUGUUCCCUUUCACACUUCUGGAUGUGUGAAAAGAAAGUCCGUCCAUAACUCUGCAUCCAUGCCCACCAGACAGAACAGAAAACUCAGGACAAUCAGUGCAUUUCUGAAUUUCAGCUGAACAUAAGAAGAGAUUCAACUGUUUUCAUGUUGUUUUGGAGUUUCAGUAUGAACUUAGAUUUUCAAAAAAACCUCAACCUCAACCUCAAUAUACUUGUUUGUACACGCUCAUAAUUUUCAGGCGCAAACAACAUUUUCUGAUUUGCCAGCCUAUGUGAAUCCUGGUAAUGACUGUGCUGCAGGGAAGGUGGUGUGUUAACAUAGGAGUACAUAAAAACAAAUAUACAACUAGGUUCAGAUGCUUGAGGUGCUUUUGCUGCAAAAAAAGACAGAAAAGACUGUAAUAUGUUAUUGAUUCAUUGCUAGAUAAAUAUCUGCUGUUUCCUCAUUAGCUGACAUAAUACGCUGACUGAAUUUAUAUCCGUGAAUGUUUACCUUAAAUUUCCAGUGUGUAGGAUUUAAGGACAUCAGUUAGCAGAAAUGGUAUAUGAUAUUUGUUGUCUUUGUGUUUUCAUUACACAUGCACGCGCGCGCACACACACACACACACACACACACACACACACACACACACACACACACACACGUAAAUAUAUAUGCUGAGCCAGCAUUUUUACCUUUCAAUCAACAAGAGUACUGUGCACUCAAUUUAUUUUACAGUUGGCUUAAAAAUACAGUCUGCAAGUCUGCAAUACUUGGAAUGUACUGUAAAACACAUGUGAAAAAUUGUGAAACUUGAACCUUCUUCAAAUAAACUAC